UAUUUUUUUUAUUCAAAACACAUAAACAACAAUUUUUUUUAACUGGUGUAUUCUCAUUAUCUCUAUUAUAAGCUCCCUAGGAUUUUAAAAUAUGAGACAUUAAAAUUAUUAUAAUAAAAUCACAAAUAUUUAAGCAAUCUUGGGAUAUUUUGUAUGUAAUUUAGUAGACUUGGUAAUCUUAGAUAUUUUCAAAUGUUUUACACUCCUGCCCUUCGGAUAAUUACAACAUCAACACAGUAGGUGAUAGAUUGUUUUUUAUUAAUGACCAUUGAUAAACUUAUGACCCUUUCUGGUUUAGAUUUCAAUUGAAUUUUCAAAAUAUUUCUUGAUCGAAAACAACUCAAUUCGAACUUUUUUGUGGCAUUACUGCUAUUUAGUGGUUAUAGUAGAGGAUUUGUGGAGUAGAAAGUAGAAAAAAUAGUAAAUUAACUAUUUCAAAUAAAUGUAUACAUAAACUAUAUAUAUAACUACUUUAUUGCACUAUUUAUAUAUGAACUACUUUUAAGUCUAUUAAUAGAAAUACAUAGAAAAAUAGUCUCAAACAAGUAAAGAAGGGUGCAACCGAACAUUUUAUACUCUUGCAACUUGCAUGAAUCAAAACCAGGGAAAUACUUUAAGGUAUAAAACCAAUAGUAUAGAGUAAGUCAGCAGGAUGCUCAAAAAUCCUGAUAUUAGUUAUAUGGGGACGACUGUCAUGAUUGAAUUAAAUAAGAGGUUUUGAGGGACUUCCACAUAUUUCUUUUUUUUGGCCCAAAUGCAAUAUAAUUGUUGAAAUGAUAAUGUGAUUUAACGAUAGCCGACUUUGCGUUUUCAAAAUAUAACUUAAGUAUUAAAAAAGAUAACACAGAACUUAUCACAAAUAGUACCUUUGACAUUUUUUCAUAAGCUGUAAAUUGUAAAACGCUACACAUGUUUCUUAGUACCACAAAUAAAAUAUUAAUAGUAUGUCAUAUAGUAUCAAAUUACUGCAUUCCCCUAGAAAUGUGAAAUGUGUGUAAGACUUUUAUCCUCAACAGAACUUUUUGUCCCACGAGGCGCGACAAUGAUUUACUGUGUGAAGAUGCAAAUUCAUUUGACAAUAUUCUUAAUAUCUAUAGUUUAAAAGUAUAUAAAUUAAAUAAACACAUUAGAUCAUAUGCGUAUACAUUUAUAGUUUGCUCAGCGUAGAUAAUAAGUAACGAUGUAAGCACUUAAUUUACUAUUAUUUUUGAGCAUUUUUAUAACCUAAACAUUAAACUGGUUAUUUAGUUACAAUUAGAAUAGGUAGAAUGGCAAAUAAGUUGUUUGAAGUUAUUCAUAGUUAAUUGUACCCAUGUACAUAUUUAUGUGUGCUAAACAAGUAGUAUAGAUGCAUAUAUUCUUUACAUAGUGCGUUUGGUAAUAUACUGGUAAAAUAUCAUUGUUAAUAUACGUAUGGAUAAAAAUUAUUUGAAUUACACACAUACAUACAUAUGUAUGAAACUGUAUGGUAAAUAUAUAUUAUAUGCAGAUAUGGAAUAAAAAGUUUUGACAAUAGUCUGGAAAAAGAUUAAGUUACUUUAUAAUAGCAAUUCCAUCAUCUAUCAAUAGUAUACAUAUGUAUAUAUUACAUUUAAGUAUGUAUUUAUGUACUAUAAGGUUUUGGGAAUAUUCUGGAAAAUGAAAAGAUUAAGUUACUUUAUAAUAGCUAAUCCAUCAUUAAUUGUUUUAUGUUGGUUAAUCUAAAAUUAGCGAAUUAAUUCUUGUCCACAUCAACAGUGGGGCAAAUACGCUGUUAAAAAUGUUGUAUUAUAUAUGGUAUAAUAGGUCACAUAUUAGUAAAUAAGCCGUAUCUUAGAAAUAAAAAGUUAUUGGUCCGCAAAUGUGUAUGUAUAUAACUAAAUCUAUAGAUCCAAUUCUAAUCAAACUGGUUUUCAAAGUUGUAUGUUCAGUUGGAUAUUCGCAUUAUGAAAUAAAUGAGUACAUAAAAUAUUUAUAAGUUUAAAACAAAUAAUAUAAUUUCACUAACAUUAGAAAUAAUUUGUAGCGAAACGAUGCCGCUGUAAAAGGUAUACAUAUGUACGUCUGAAUGACUAUAUGAUUUAUGAUGGUAAUCGUAAAUUUUCUACAAUCUAAACAAUCGGUAACUUCGACUUAUAAAAUAGCUACGUAAAAUUUAAAAUGCAACAGUCGUUAAUUCUUCGUAAGUUAAUAUUAACUGAGAUAAUGAAAAUCCUCACAGUAAUAUUACUUAUUUGCCUUGCGAAUGUGAUUGGUACUAACAAAGUUUCAUUACCAAAUGUUAAUUAUGAAGGAAUUGUAGAUGAUUUUAUAAAAGAAGCUCAAGAAAUUACUAUUAAAACUGCCAACGCUUUGGAAUCGCAAUAUAAAAUAAUCGUUGUAGAACCCACAAACCAAGUUGACGCUGUAGUACAGAAUAUUGAGGAUCGUCGCAAAGAGAGUCCAAAGUGUGUAGAAGUUAAGGAUCCUGAGGUUCAGAUCGUUGUGGACAGUUUACAUGAUGAAAUUAAUGCUUGUGGCGCUGUUGCUGUUGAAACAUCCGCGGGAAUUAUGAAUGAUGUUUACGCUGCAACUCAGCAGAUAGUAUUGGACGGUUAUGACGUUUUAAAACUUUAUCAAAAAUGCAAAAACUACAAAAACAGUGUUUUAAAGAAUUCUUGUUACGCUAAACUAUCAAUUAAAGUUACAUUGUUCAUUAAAAACUCGCGUCGAUCUAUAAACACUAUCAAAGGUGCUAAACAUCGUGUUCCUGCAGUGUUCUCUGAAGCAGAUGAUUGCACACAUACGGCUGCAGAUCUAGCCAUUGUUGAUUUAAAUGCCAUUCAUACUGAAGUUGUUUCCUGUAUAAAUGAAAAUAAUUAAAAAAAUAAAGAAAUAUUUAUUGGAGUAUAUACCCGCUGAGACCUUUAAAAAGUA